UUUCUUAUUGUUUUUCGCUUUACUUCCCCUACUUUACUAUAUGCCGGCUCAUUUUUUUCUUGUUGUUAUUAUUUUCCUGUAUAUUCUAUAUUUUUCUUAUUGUUUCUUUUGUGCGAAUAUGUUAUUCGGGAGAGUUGUUACUACACAGCUAAGCCGUUGUGCUGCUGCUGCUGCUGCCGCUACUGCUGCUUGUUUUUGUUAUUUCUGUUUUGUUUUCGUGCUUCACUGAAUGUUGCUUGCUUUCUCUUUCUGCCACAUGACCAGCAAAGAUUUUUCUUUAAAAUUUUCUUCUGUAGUUUUAUUGUUAUUGUUUGUUGCGCGGUGGCGUACAAUAUUUGUAAAUAUUCAAAUUUAAAUAUAAAAACAAAUUUAAAAAAAUGGAUCCAAAUGGAAAAUUACUUCUAAUUAGCCGCAUUGAGUGCCGUGUUUUUAAAUAUGUUGGGAAUCGUAAAAAACUUAUCGGAUAAAAGUAAACGUAGAAGAAGAAAAAGCGAUGCGCGCAGGUAUAUACAAUAUCUAUUUGAAGAAUAUAAGUUAGCCGAAAAUAAUAACAACAAAAGCAACUGCAAAUCAUAUUUAUUAAUGGAUGAAAACUGUUUUGAAGAGCUUUUGGAAUACGUGCAAAAAGAAAUGUCCCUUAGGGAUGCACACUUAACGAAAAGUGUUACACCAGUUGAAAAAUGUUUAGCAAUAACGCUUAGAUUUCUAGCGAACGGGGAAAGCUUCAAAGAACUCAGCGAAAGUACGUUGCUAACAAAAACGUUCCUUAAAGCAAAUAUUAUAGAAAUGUGUGAAAUUAUAUACAAAAAAUUAAAGAAACGUUUUUUAAAAUUCCCACACACCAAAAAGGAAUGGUUAAGCAUUGUUAAUGACUUCCAACAACGCAGUCAAUUUCCACAUUGCUUGGGUGCUUUAGGUGUUCAGCAUAUAGCCAACACUCCCACAAAAAAGUAUGCCACUUCAUAUACCAACAACAGGGUUGUUAAUAGUAUGGCGCUAAUAGCAAUAGCCAACGCAAAUGAAAAAUUUAUUUGUAUUGAUAUUGUAGCUGAUAACGCUUUAAGAAUGACAAAAUCUACGUCUCGAAGUUAUUUGAGGACCAAGUGCAGUUCAACACACACUCAAGGAACUACACAAACGGAUCCUUGUGGGCUACAACAAGAUAACCAUUUAAAUAAUGAUUUCUUAUUCAAAAGUUCCAAAUUGUGUAAAAUUUUUCAGCAAAGUGAUGAGUUUUUCCCAAAAGAUGACUAUAUCAACAGAGAUAAAAUUGCACCUUAUGUUAUGGUAGCAGAUAACUCAUUUCCACUAAUGUAUAACCUUAUAAGACCAUUUACCGGAACAUUGAGUGAACCUAGUAUUAUUAACUAUAAUUUAUGUUUAAGUAAAGCAAAAGAAAGUGUGGAAAAUGCUUUUAGUAUUAUGAGAGAAAAAUUUAAAAUCUUACAAAAGGAUAUCAAAUUAGAUACUGCGAAAAGUACAAAAAUUAUACUGUGUUGUUGUGUUCUACAUAAUUUCCUUAUGGAGAAAAGUCUAUGGUAUAAGCAGAAUUCUACAGAUUACUUGAAUGAAACAGCGGAAUUGGAAGAGGAACAAUGCAAUGAAAUUUCUAUGGCUUCUGAAGCUUCCAGGUCUACAACUCAAAGCAACUACGCUGAGUUGACGUUUAAGUGUCACACACCUCUCCCUUUAGAUAACAAAAAAGAAGAUGAACUUUCUAUGGAAAAUUUUAUUAAUGAUACACGAAAAAUAUUUAUAGAAUAUUUUUCUAAAGCAGAAAAUCUUUGAUAAGACAGUAAAAUUGGAUAGGUUCCAACAAAGUAGAAAAAGUUUACAAUAGCAAAUUCAAUUGUUGAUCCGUGUACCUCUUGGUUGAAUAUAUUUCUAAAACAGGAAAUCUUUGAUAAAUCAAUAAAGUUGGAACUUUAUGUAUUACAUUAAGAAAGUUGGUAAAGAAAAUUUAAUAAUUAAGAAUUUAAUGCUCUAUAGAUAGAAUAGAAAUAAACAGGGUACCAGCUUCCAGAGGGUGAGAUAAAUGUGAGGAAAUUUUCACAUCUAAAAAAAAUUUUUGUUUAUCAAAUAAGUUCCUGGGUUAACCAUACAGCUGAUUCGGAAAAGCAGUUCACUAAAUAUUUAUUAUCACUAGUCUUCAGACUAUCUUCAAAAAUCUGUUAGUUUUAUUAUCCGUAUAUAAUUUUUGACUACAAGCCAUGGACCUGAACCAAACAACAAAGUUUGCUACGCUUUUAAUUAGAAAUAACGCUUAAACUAAUAUUUUA